AUGAUGACCAUGACCGCCAUGGCUGAGGGCUUGGACGCCCAGGACUCGUCCAAAUCGGCCUUCAUGGAGUUCGGGCAGCAGCAGCAGCAGCAGCAGCAGCAGCCCCCGCCACCGCAGGCGCCCCCGCAGGCGCCCCCGCCGCCGCAGCCGCAGCCCCCGCCGCCGCCGCCGCCGCCGCCGGUGCCCGGGCAGCCGCACUCGGCGGCACAGCAGCCGCCGAACUCUCCGGCCAUGGCGGGCGCCCACUACCCGUUGCACUGCCUGCAUUCGGCAGCGGCGGCGGCGGCGGCGGCGGCGGCCGCCGCGGGCUCCCACCAUCACCAUCACCACCACCACCACCACCAACACCACGGCGCGCCCUACUCGUCAGGGGCCGCCGGCGGCGGCGGCGGCGGCGGGGGCGGCGGGAGCGCCUACAGCCACCGCUCGCUGGCCGCCGCCUACCCGUAUAUGAGCCACUCGCAACACAGCCCCUACCUCCAGGCCUACCACAACAGCGGCUCGGCCGGCCCGACGCGGCCCGACGACCCAGAUCAACAGAAAACCACCGUCAUUGAAAACGGGGAGAUCCGGUUCAACGGCAAAGGAAAGAAAAUUCGGAAGCCUCGGACCAUUUACUCGAGCCUGCAGCUGCAGGCUCUAAACCAUCGCUUCCAGCAGACCCAGUACCUGGCGCUGCCCGAGCGAGCCGAGCUCGCAGCUUCCCUGGGCCUGACUCAAACGCAGGUGAAGAUCUGGUUUCAGAACAAACGCUCCAAGUUCAAGAAGUUGCUCAAACAGGGCAGCAAUCCGCACGAGAGCGAGCCCCUGGCGGGAUCGGCGGCUCUGUCUCCGCGCUCGCCGGCCCUGCCUCCUGUGUGGGACGUUUCUGCUUCAGCCAAGGGAGUCAAUAUGCCCCCCAGCAGCUACAUGCCGGGUUACUCUCCCUGGUACUCUUCCCCACAUCAAGACACCAUGCAGAGACCGCAGAUGAUGUGA